AGUAAGAAGUAUUUACACUCCGGUCCAGACGGUGGCGGUAAUGCACCACACAGUCGCCAAAAAACACAAGAAGAAGAAAAAAAAACUUAGACAAAGGAGAACGUACUGACCGGGUGUGUUUGUGGAUAACAGGUUAAAAACUAAAUAAAAGGUAAAGAGACAUUCUGCAAAAUUACCGAAUCGUCAAACUGACAUAGCAACCAAUAAAACGAAUAGGCCUACCGAUGCCUUUGUCAAGUAAAGAGAAGGUAGCACGGCAUAGAGCUCGCAUUAACAGUGAUCCCAAAGCAAGAGAGGAGUACCUUACAAAAAGAAGAGCAAGUUACCAAAGACAGAAGACGGAGGGGAAGAUUGUUGGUCAGCCAAUAAGCCAGCUGUCAAACGCCGAAAAAAAAAAGAAGAGAGAGAAAUGGAGGCAGUACUCAAAAAUACAGAGAGGAAAAAGAAAGGCAUUGCAAGAGGAGCUGCGCUUCUGUACAACUUUGAGCAGCAGUAUGAUGCAGGCAGGAGUCUGUCUGAGACAGGACGCUGUGACAACACUACCAGAGCUCACCGAGAAGCACAGGAUCAGACUGAAAGAAGAGGAACUCAGUGCACUGGAGUCUGUCCGCAUGGCAGAGUCAGAGACAGUGUGCGCUGCACCAGGACUCAACACACUGGAGCCACAAUGUGUUUCAGUACACAGUGGGGUCAGUGAUGUACACCACACAGACACAUCAUUGGUAAAAUCAGAAACUGAUCUGGGCUCCACCCACUCUGAGGAUCUUAAGGUUGAAAGCCUGAACAGUACAGAGCUGGGUUAUGUAACCCAUCUGCAUCCUGAAGAAAUCAAGACUGAGACCGAUGAUGGAGGAUACCUUAAGGCAGAACACAUCAGUGACUUGCAAGUUGUGACAUGUGUCUCUAUUGAAUCUGAUCAAAUGAAGUGUGAAUCCAGUGAAAGAUUAGUGAGUGAUCUCAUGAAUACUGUGAAUAAUGGAGCUCAUGUUGAAGACAAAAUCCAAACUGAACCUUGGCAAUGUGCAGCAGAUGAUUUAAAGGGACAUCUGACAAUGAAUUCAAGUGAGAAACAAUACAUUUGUGCAAAGUCUAUGAAGAGAUUGGAUCAGCUAUCUUUUUGUAUCCAAAAUGAGACGGUUCAUACAGAUAAAAAGGCUUACAAAUGUACUCAGUGUGGGAAGUGUUUUAAUUAUAGAUCUGAUUUCAUUUCCCACCAGAGAAUUCAUACAGGUGAAAAGCCUUACAAAUGUACUCAGUGUGGGAAGUGUUUUAGGAGUACAUCUAAUUUAAAUGGUCACCAGAAAAUUCAUACAGGUGAAAAGCCUUACAAAUGUACUCAGUGUGGGAAGUGUUUUAGGAGUACAUCUAAUUUAAAUUGUCACUCGAAAAUGCAUACAGGUGAAAAGCCUUACAAAUGUACUCAGUGCGGAAAGUGUUUUCAUUUUCAGUCUCUUUUAAAUGCUCAUCAGAGAAUCCAUACCGGUGAAAGGCCUUAUAUAUGUACUCGGUGUGGGAAGGGUUUUCAUGCUAAAUGUCAACUAAAUGUCCAUGAGAGAGCUCAUACAGGUGAGCGGCCCUACACAUGCGCUCAGUGUGGGAAGAGUUAUAUUAAUGCAUCAAAUUUAUGGUACCACAACAAAAUUCAUACAGGUGAAAAGCCUUACAAAUGCCAUCAGUGUGGGAAGCGUUGUUCCCGAUCACAUGAAUUAACAAGACACCUGCAGACUCAUACUGAUGAAAAGACUUACAAAUGUACCAUGUGUGAGAAGUGUUUUAAGAACAGAUAUAAUUUUAAUUCGCACCAGAGAAUUCAUACGGGUGAAAAGCCCUUCAAGUGUGCUUGGUGUGAACAGUGUUUUUCUGACAGAGUUAAAUUAAAUAUCCACCAGAAAAUUCACACAGGUGAAAAUCCCCACAAAUGUACCCACUGUGGGAAGUGUUUUCAUUAUCAGUCUCGAUUAAAUGCUCAUCAGAGAAUGCAUACAGGUGAAAAACCCUAUACAUGUGCUGACUGUGGGAAGGGCUUUAGUAAGAGAUAUCAUUUAAAUACGCACCAGAAUAUUCAUACAGGUGAAAAGCCUUAUAAAUGUACUUGGUGUGGGAAGUGUUUUAAUAAUAAAUCUAAUUUAAAUACCCAUCAGAGACUUCAUACAGGUGAAAAGGCAAGACAAUCUUUUACUGAUUCAUAAUUUUUGCAACCACAGGACACUGAUGAAAAUCUCCACCAAUGUACUGAUUUUGGGUAGUUUAAUUAAAUUAAAAAAUUUUUUAAAGGAUCUGCAUAUGUAAACUAAAGAUAGUAGAGGUGAGUGUUGUCUGUGGGAAAUGUUCCCAUUCACAUGAUUUAACAAAGUGCCUGAGGUUUCAUACAGGAGAAAAGCCCUACAAAUGUUUAUAUUGGAGGAGGUAUUUUUCUCAAUCAUAUGAGUUAAAGAAACACUGGAUGUGUAAUAUUGACAAAUAGUCCUCUUUACUGUGCGGGCAAUGAUUUACUUGAAACAUCGAAUUAAAGGAAACUCUAGAGAACUCAAUGGUAAUAAAAAGCCUUAUAAAUGUG